AUGAGCUGGCACGCACGUCUUGGCCUGGUGUUGGUGGCGUUGGCUCAUCUGGCCGCCUCCUACUGCACCGGCCUGUCGGACGACUGUCCCUCCAACCCGAGCCCUCUCCGACGCUUCAACCCGCUCAACUUCCACAUCAACACGUGCAACUUCAAAUGGACGCACGGAUGCACCAUCCUAGACAAGCACGGCGGCCUGCAGCAGAAGCCGCCGCCCUUUUCGCUGUGCAACUCCAAGCACCGGCCGUCCGGGCUGCUGGCCACCGACGCUUACACGCUGGCGCUGCAAGUCAACGACUUCGCCCCGGACUCGCCCAGCGUCACGCUGCACGGCCUGUGGCCCGGCUCGGUGAAUGGAAAGGGAGCACAGAACCAGCCGAUGGGCUGCCAGCACGGCGAGGAAUUCGACGAGUCGUACCUCUCCACCUUUGGGGCCCUGCUGAGGUACUACUGGCCGACUGACGCCAAGUGCAACAACACCAUGAGCUGCUUCAUCCUGUCCGAGUGGAUGAAGCACGGCACCUGCGCCGUCGUCCCCGGCGCCGAUGGGACGGCGUUCCGGCUGCCGCAGGAGGCGUAUUACCGCACGGCGUUUGUGCUGGCCAACGAGGUCAACGCCAACCCGGCGCUGCAGACACGGCUUCUGAAGAAGAAGAACAUGGAGCCGCUCAUCAGCACCGGCUGCGUGCAAUGUGCGUAUCUCGCCACAGUCGGCUGGACGGAGACGACGGUGGACAGCGUGCCGAGGAUGUCUGGCCAUUGCAUCAAUCAGUGCUUUGCAUGCAGCGACUGGGACAUGUGCCCUCCGGCCCAUCUGGACAGCACCGUCUUGCUGGACCCCAGCAACGCACCCCAGAGCAGCAGUGCCAAUGCCAGCAUGCCCCUUGUGGAGUUUGGGAUGCCAGCCCUGUCAAGGAACAUUGACAACAGCUCCCCUUGGAAAGGCACAUGGCGCUCGUUUGGCGCCGAGCAGAUUGGGUCGGGCAAGUUUGAGUUCGCCCAGACCUUCACCGAGGACACCCUGAGCGUCACCACCGACAGCCCGUACCCCCAGACGUGCACGUACGAGAUUCGAUCGCCCGGGGAGAUUAUCCUGCAGAAAUGCGGUGCGAACCAUCACCUGGAGGAGUGCCUGGUGCAGCGACUGCCGGACAUUGGCGGCCUCGAGGUGGCCUUUUUGGCGUGUAACCACACCGGGGCCCCGGCGCCGGCCAGUUUCGACGCUGCAAUGGACACUCACGGCUGUGGAAACUUUCUCAUGUUCCGCUGCAAGUCGUCCUCGGAGGGCUGUGCCUUUCUGCCCGACGCCAGCCCUGCCGCUCCACUGCCAGCGGCCAGCAAACAUGAAGCGUCCAAGGAUAAGCCCGUCCUUCUGAGCCCCGAUCAGCCAGGCAUUGCCGGGGCACCGCCGGCGCUGCUGGGUACAUGGCGCUCGCUCCAGGUUUCAGAGAACUAUCAAGAGGGUCUGGCUCGAUGGAAUUUCACUGCCAAUGGCCAGGCGUCGCUGGAAUGGCCCAAUUAUAAAAGCCGCGGCGUGGAGCGCUAUGCCGUCACCCAUUCGGAGCAUGACGACCUGGUAUUCCUCGCCGGCGCCAGUGGCAGCAUCACCUGCCGCUUCGACUUUCAGUACGACCCGGUGUAUUCCUACGCGGUGCUUGACUGCGGUGUGGCAUCUGAUGAUGUAGCAGACAGCUUCCUGUCGCCGCACACGCAAUGGGCCAUGGGGCGAUGCAACCCGUGCAGCUCCCAGUGUAGAUACUCGUGCGGCCCGGAGAACAACUACUGCGGGGCCGGAUCGUGCGGGCCGGCCGACACGGACUCGGUGCCGUCCAACACGGAGAGGGUUGCACAAGUUCCUCUGGCAGGCGUAGCAGACCCCAGGCCAAGCCACAACUGGUGCACGCCGGACGACUCCAGCUGCUGGCCCACCAAGACGGCCAUCCACGAGCUGGAGCAAGAGCUGGAUCCCAAAGCACCACGGCUCGGCCUCCAGUGGAGCAGCUACCCCCAGCCGCAGCCGGCCCCGGUGCCGACGGGCUCUGUCAACAACCAGUCCUUCUACGGCCUGGGAGACACGCCCACCGGGUUCAAGGCCUUGUAUUACUACGAGGACGUGAAUGAGAUGCAGCGCCCGUGCUUCAAGGUAUCCGCCAACUCGACGGAAUGGAACCACGCAUCGGACAUGUGCAAGGCGGCGCUCCACCAGAACGAGUACCGCGACUGGAACCCCUUCAUCGUCGUGUUCCCCCUCAACGAGCAACAUGUUGCCAGCGCCUUGACCUUUGCUGCCCGUCACCGACUAUGCAUUGCCACAUCCGGGACAGGCCACGAGUACAACAGCCGCAACUCGUGCCCGACCGGCGGCAUCCUCAUCCGCACCAUUCUGUUCAAGGACAAGGCCUUCCUGCCUACCUGGAACGAGGACCCAUCCAUUUCUCCCAGCGGCGCGUUCAAGUUUGGCGCCGGCGCAGUCUUUGCCGAGAUGCACGCCUUCUCCGCGCAGUACAGCCGCGUUAUCGCCUCGGGCUGGUGCUCCACCGUCGGCAUGGUCGGCUUCCAUCUCGGCGGCGGCCACGGGCCCUUUGCGCCGUCCAUGGGCCUCGGCGUGGACAACGUGCUGGAGAUUGAAGUCUUGCAGAUUGGCCAAGACGGCGCCGUGCACAAGAAGAUGGCCAGCCGCCGGCACAACGCGGAGCUCUUCUGGGCCAUGCGCGGCGGCGGCGGCGGCGUGUGGGGCGUCAUUCUCUCCAUGACGAUCCGGGCUCACGCCGUGCCCGACGGAGGCCUCAGCCGCGUCUUCAUGCCCCAAAACGGCACCUUUUGUUCCGGCUCGGGCCAGUUUGGCUAUGAGUGGCUGCGGACCAUGUGGAAGGGCUUCUCUGCCUGGAACCUGAUGCUGAACCAAAAGGUCAGCACGCAGGCGGCCUUUUUCAUCAACACGACCAACUAUGCGACGGGCGGGCUCUGCGCAGUCACAUGGCAGUUCAACUUUGAGUACUUUUACGCGGGCGGCCAAGCAGAGCCGGACUAUGUUCUGUUCCGCGACAAGCUCCAGGAGGUGCUUGGGGGCCCGCCCGUGACGGAGACCAACUUCCACUCGGCCUUUGACUACAUCCUCUCCAUGCCGGCUGAUAAGUUCCCGCUCGCCGUCUUCAACCCGCUGCCUGCUCCGCACCCGCCGUCCGACGCUGCCACGGGCUCGCAAAACUCGGUGUUUGUCUCGCGACAGGCCAUGGAGAAGAAAUUUGCGCCGACGAUGAUGGACGUGCUGGAUAUCUGCGUGGCGUCGCUGAAGCAUCCGGACUCGACGUCGCCGGGGCCAGGAGGGAGCCGCUGUGGCUUUCACUACCUGUACACUUCGCUGACGGGCAACAAGGGGAGCACGCAGGCAAAGGGUACGGCCAUCUCGUCGGGCUUCCGAGAGGCCCUCAUGUUGUGGAACGCGCGGACCUUGUCUACGAAGCAGUCGAAUGAGACGUUGUAUGAGAUUGGGCCGAAUAGCUAUUUCUCCGAGAGCUCGUAUGUGAUGCAUGACUGGACGGGGAGGUAUUGGGGACAGGAAAAGUAUGAAAAGUUGCUGGCGGUGAAGAAGGCGCAUGAUCCGGGGAGUCGGUUUUGGUGCCAUCAUUGUGUGGGGGAUGAUCCGAAGGAUGCGUAUGGAGAGCCACUUGGUGUUGGGAGCUCGUGAGCAUCUGUGUGUUUACUUGGCAUUGUCUGCGUCGAUUUGGUGUUUUUGUUAGUCUGGAUGUGAAGUUUAGCGUUGUCUAACAAGUUGGAUAAAAAAUAUUGACUAGGCAUAAUAUAUAUAAGACUUGUG